ACUAGGAAGCGCGCGCCCGCGCCGCCGCCGCCGCCGCCGCCGAAUCCCCAACAAGGAGCGAAGCCCGCGGCCGCCGCCGCCGCCCGCCGCCGCCGCAGCUCCCGACGCCGCCGCCCCCGCCGGGCGCCCGAGUAGGCCCGGCGCGGCCCCAGGACUCGGGACCCUGGAGGACUGACGCUGCUGGCCUGGGCGUCCUUUUCUGCUGAGCCAUGGCGACUCCUGACGUGAGUGUGCACAUGGAGGAGGUGGUGGUGGUGACAACUCCGGACACUGCGGUGGACGGCAGCGGCGUGGAGGGGGUGAAGACCGUGUUGGUGACGACCAAUUUGGCCCCUCACGGGGGCGACCUGACAGAAGAUAACAUGGAGACAGAAAAUGCAGCGGCGGCAGCUGCCGCGGCCUUCACAGCCUCCUCCCAGCUCAAGGAAGCCGUGUUAGUGAAGAUGGCUGAAGAGGGGGAGAACCUGGAGGCUGAGAUUGUGUACCCCAUCACCUGUGGGGACAGCAGAGCCAACCUCAUCUGGAGGAAGUUUGUGUGUCCCGGCAUCAAUGUGAAAUGUGUUCAGUACGACGAGCAUGUGAUCAGCCCGAAGGAAUUUGUGCACCUGGCCGGGAAGUCUACCCUGAAGGACUGGAAGAGAGCCAUCCGCAUGAACGGCAUCAUGCUCAGGAAGAUCAUGGACUCCGGGGAACUGGACUUCUACCAGCAUGACAAGGUCUGCUCCAACACCUGCCGCAGCACGAAGAUCGACCUCUCAGGAGCCCGCGUGUCCCUGAGCAGUCCCACGUCAGCCGAGUACAUUCCCCUCACGCCCGCUGCAGCCGACGUGAAUGGGUCUCCUGCGACCAUCACCAUAGAGACCUGUGAGGACCCUGGGGACUGGACCGCAGCCAUCGGAGAUGACACAUUUACCUUCUGGCGGGGGCUGAAGGACGCCGGCCUGCUGGACGAGGUCAUCCAGGAGUUCCACCAGGAGCUGAUGGAGACCAUGAGAGGCCUGCAGCAGCGGGUCCAGGACCCUCCCCUGCAGCUUCGAGAUGCUGUGCUCCUGAACAACAUUGUGCAGAACUUCGGCAUGCUGGACCUGGUGAAGAAGGUGCUGGCCAGCCACAAGUGCCAGAUGGACCGCUCGCGGGAGCAGUAUGCCCGGGACCUGGCAGCCCUGGAGCAGCAGUGUGAUGAGCAUCGCCGCCGAGCCAAGGAGCUGAAGCACAAGUCCCAGCACCUUAGCAACGUGCUCAUGACGCUGACGCCGGUCUCCCUGCCACCACCUGUGAAGCGGCCCCGGCUUGCACGUGCCACAUCAGGACCGGCCGCCAUGGCCUCGCAGGUGCUCACUCAGUCUGCCCAGCUGGCGCUCGGCCCAGGCGUGCCUGUCCCCCAGCUGACCAGCGUGCCCCUUGGUAAAGUGGUGUCCACCCUGCCUUCCACCGUCCUGGGCAAGGGUUCCCUUCAGGCACCCCCCGCCAGCUCCCCAGCCUCCCCACUGCUUGGGGGCUACACAGUCUUGGCCUCCUCUGGCUCCACCUACCCCAGCACAGUGGAGAUCCACCCGGACGCGUCCAGCCUCACGGUCCUGAGCACGGCCGCCGUGCAGGACGGUAGCACGGUAUUCAAGGUGGUCAGCCCGCUGCAGCUGCUCACCUUGCCUGGCCUGGGCCCCACCCUGCAGAACGUGGCCCAGGCCUCGCCUGGCGCCAGCACAAUUGUGACAGUGCCCACAGGGGCUGCCCCCGGGCCCGAGGAGCACACGGCCACCAUUGAGGUGGCUGCCGUGGCAGAGGACCACGAGCGGAAGUAGCCGACAGGAGGGCGAGGCCCCUGGGACGGACGGGGCUGGCUGCCUCUCAGCUGCGGCAGCAGGGAGCGGGCAGAGGCCGCAGGGCUGGCUCGGGCAGGUGGGUCACGUGGGCUGCAGAACCAAAGAGAGGAAUCGCCAAAACAAAUCACCAGAAGAGAGAAGGGGACAGAACAGCGAGAGCAACCUGGAAAUCGGUCUUCAGGUCCCAUGUUUCCUUCCCCUUUUUUCUUGGGAAAUAUAUUUUUCCAUCUGUUGCUUAUUAAUACUGUUUACACAUUGGACCUUGAUCAGGAGCCAGGUGGGCGGGGACGCAGGGGGAGCCUGGGUGCAGCCGAGGCAGAGGAAGCAGAGCCAGGGUGCCGAGCACGACCCUGCAGGUGCUGGACGCGGUGCAGCGGGUGGCGAGGUCCCGGUGUCUGCACCCAGCCAGGUCCCUGGGGAUGCUACACAUGACUUGGGAGCUGAGCCCAAGUGUGAACCCUAUGGAUCCUAUGGAUUUGGUUUCUUCCCACAGUUUUCUGUAGGUUUAGUGUGGCUGGCGCCCCGUUCUCCUCCUGUGUGGGAACGUGCACCCGGAGCUUGGGUGCAGAUCCCAGUGGGUGCCCUCCUCCCCCACCCCCAGCUGGUGCUCAGGUGGCCCAGGGGCCGCACAGAUGAGACGUGGUCCAGGCAUUGUUGCACAUGUACUGAGGGUGUUUUUAAGUGAAUUGCUUAGUAGGCUUCUAGGAAGAGUCAGAUUUAUAGCAUUUUCAACCAAAAUAAUGCUGAGUGCCUAGGCUUCCCGAGUUAGCUCUGGGGGUGGCCCCUGAGCCCCUGUGAGUGCACCUGAGCGGGUACGGAGGUCCUGGGCAGCCUCUGCCUGAGCUGGCCCCUCCCAGGGAUCUGAGAUCCGUGAGGUGUGUCCCGAGGGCUUCAGUCCUGGGGCAGGAGCAUAAACAGAACCAGUUGCUAUGGAGGUCGAGGAUUCACGUGGAGGCCUUCAGCUUGGGCUGCUUGGCCACAGAACAGCCCUCGGCUCCCUGGCUCCCAGCCCCCAUGCAGCCCCUGGGCUGGCCCUCGGUGGUCUCUGUCCAAGGGAGAGCCCCUGGGUGUUUAAGAGGCUGCCCGGGUGGGCUGGUCAGGGCAACUGCCAAACGUGGAGCCCAGAGCCUGUCUGGAAGGGCUGUCCAUGACUGUCCUCAGACCUGGCCUUGGACUCACAAGGAAGACCAGGCUGAGGCCCCUCCAGGCCAGGGCCCUGGGGCAGACAUCUCAGGGAGCAGCCAGCCCAGGGCUCCUGCCGUCUCCAGCAGGUCGUGUCCCAGGAGGACCCUGAGGGCCAGAGGGCCCUGGAUGCUCCUGAUUCUGUCGGCAGCUGAAGGCCCGUCUGAGGCCCCGCAAUGCGAGGGUCCCGUGUCCCACUUCACUGCUCCGAAGGGAACUGGCUGGCUGUCCGUCCGGCAAGCGGCCCAGACCCCACCUCUGUGCCGUUGUCACCAGGGCCCUGUCCUGGCUGCCCCCACCCAUGUCAAGCUACUGAGGCUGUGUCUUGUUUGUUUUCUCUGUUGCAUUUUUGUUUGCUGUUUGCUGUUGUCACAGUCAGCUGGUUUCGGCGUGAUGUUGACCUUUUGAUGUACAUACUCCGUUUUAAACUCAUUUCCACUCCAGUUGAGUUCUGCAGCUUGCAGCGGUAUGACCCUAUGGGGGUCAGGAGGGCCCUGUAGCCCCCACCCCACCGGCUCAGAACCUGUCACUAAUACAGCUGCCUGGGACCCUGGGACCCGCAACCUUCCAGCUGCUUCCCUUGGUCAAAGUCACAAGUGGGUCUGCCUUGACAGCCCUCGCUGAACAGAACUUCCAGUGGGUUGUGGGUUCAUUUCCUUUCUUUUUAAGAACAAGGUUGGGACCUUUUCUGCCCUGGCCUUUAGCUGUUGAGGCAUUGGGAGAGGAAGUUAAUUUCAGAGCCAUACAAAAAUAAGCCACAACCAGCUUCAGAAUUAAUUCCCAAUCCCCCAUUCCAGCAGGGCUGGGAGCCCAUUCCCAGUGCUUCCCAAGGCCCUCGGGGAUGUCUGCCGCCAACCCAGCUGCUUCUGGCAGGGGCUGGGGAAGGGCCCUGGAGAAGCCCCCAUCCUCACGGGAACCACACUGCAGUGGGCCGGGGAGGUCGUCAGCACUGCCCCCGGCUCCUCCAGGUCCUGCUGGCUCCUCCGGGGCAGGGUUCCCUGGACCUCCCAGUUCUGCACCUUGGGGCCAGCCAAUACUCAGAGAGGAAGACCUUCUCAACCACAUACAGAACACAGGUUUUCAUGGCUGCCUUUGGUUUGGUUUUCUGAGAAGAUAGGAUUGGAUUGGAUUUUGCAGAGGGCGAGAACUUCUCUGUGCCUGCUCAGAGGCGCCCUGGGGAAGGGCCAUGUUUGAGUUUUGCUUUGUAUGUUGUUUUGCAAGUAUCUGCCUGGUACUUUGAUUUAAAAUAAAAACAAUUUUCAUAGUU